AUGUCAACACACUCCUCUCCUUCCAGUAGUCCGCCUAGGCAUUUCGAGACACCUUCGGGUGCUACUCUUCAGGUCGACUUCGCCUGGAGCAAGUUUCACAACAUUGUCAGCGAAAAGGAUGGGGACAGACUUGUACCAGUUUACAUUCAACAUUUUCGCCCAACAAAACCCCAGUUGCGCAUUGAAGAUGCGUCAACCAAAACUCAGAUCUCCACCGGCAUCAUCAACAGUGUUUCCAUCGCAUCAGAAUGUACGGUGCAUGGCCAACAGCUCAACAUCAAGCCACUCAAAAAGUGGAAAACAGCAUACAACUAUCUCUCCACAACUCUGUCGUCGACCGAGAGCCCAAUUCCCAUCACAUGGAUUGCCACCUCCAGCUUGAAAAUCUGGGAUUUUGUAUGCAUCGACUCAACAACGCAAGCCCCCAUCGCCAGAUUUUCGGUCAACUGGUGGGCAAUAAAACAAGUUGGCAACUUCCACUUCGAGCAGAGUGCUGCUGCACUACCCAGAGAGGUUCGUGACGAGGUCGUAACAGUUGGCCUAACAAUACUCUACGUCAUGACAACGCGAAUGAAUAAUCCACUGCACAUUCUCGGAUCGACUUUUGCGAAGGCUGGGCGGGUGGAAGACGAUGGGCGCGCUGGUGGUGUGGACCUUGAUGAGAGACCGGACGACGGGACAAAACAUAAGCAGGUGUAA